UAAGAGCACUGUCCCUGUGGUAGCUCGGGGGAGACAGGGGGUUCGGAGUAGGUGGACCCCGCAUUCGUGCCCCCUUCUCCCCCAUCCCCACCAUGGGCUUUGCCCUGGAGCGCUUCGCCGAAUCGGUGGACCCAGAUUUCCAGUGCAGAUUGUGCGGCCAGGUGCUGGAGGAGCCCCUGUGCACCCCGUGCGGGCAUGUCUUCUGCGCCAGCUGUUUGCUGCCCUGGGCGGCGCGGCGGCGCCGGUGCCCGCUGCAGUGCGGGCCCCUGGCGCCGGGCGAGCUGUACCGGGUGCUGCCUCUGCGCAGCCUCGUCCAGAAGCUGCGCAUCCAGUGCGACUACCGCCCCCGCGGCUGCGGCCGCUCGGUGCAGUUGAGCGAGCUGGCGGCGCACGUCGAACGCUGCGACUUCGGCCCUGCCCGCCGCCGCCACCCGGGCAGCGUUUCCCGGCCGAACGGCCUGGGCAGUGGGGACCGGUCACUGCGCGGGGGCUGCAGCUCAGCGCCCGGCAUCCGCCGCGGCGGGGGCGGGGGCGCAUGCGGGGGGUCGCCGGGCGUCCGCGGCGGGAGCUGGAGGGGACCCAGGCCUCGGGUCUGGAGGCGGCGCGAGAAGGCGCUGCUAGCGCAGCUCUGGGAGCUGCAGGGCGAGGUGCGGCUCACCGCCCGCAGGUACCAGGAGAAGUUGACCCAGUACAUGGCUCACGUCCUCAACUUCGUCACGGACCUGGGUGGCGGCCACGACGCGGAAGGAGAACAUAAGCCACUCACUAUUGUAUUGGAAAGAGAAAAUGACACUUUGGGAUUCAAUAUUAUAGGAGGUCGACCAAAUCAGAAUAAUCAGGAAGAAACACCAAUGGAAGGAAUUUAUGUUUCAAAAAUUUUGAAAAAUGGACCUGCUGAUAGAGCAGAUGGCCUGGAAAUUCAUGACAAAAUCAUUGAGGUCAAUGGGAAAGAUCUCUCAAAAGCUACCCAUGAAGAGGCAGUGGAAGCUUUUCGAAAUGCCAAGGAGCCUAUCGUGGUCCAGGUGCUAAGGCGAACACCUCUCAGUAAACCAGCCUAUGGGACAACCCCAGAAGUGCGACUCAUGAAUGCCAGCACUCAGACGGACAUCACCUUUGAACAUAUAAUGGCCCUGGCCAAACUUAGGCCACCCACCCCUCCAGUGCCCGACAUUUGUCCAUUUCUGCUCUCAGACAGCUGCCAUUCUCUCCAUCCAAUGGAGCAUGAAUUUUAUGAGGACAAUGAGUAUCUUUCCAGCUUGCCUGCUGAUGCAGACAGAACAGAGGACUUUGAAUAUGAGGAGGUCGAGUUGUGUCGUGUUAGCAGUCAAGAGAAGCUGGGUCUGACAGUCUGUUACCGAACGGAUGAUGAAGAAGACACCGGCAUUUAUGUCAGCAAGGUAGAUCCAAACAGCAUUGCUGCCAAAGAUGGCCGAAUUCGAGAAGGGGAUCGUAUUUUGCAAAUAAAUGGGGAAGACGUCCAGGAUCGCGAGGCGGCGGUGGCCCAGCUGUCUAGCGACGAGUGCAGGAGAAUCCUGCUGCUGGUCGCAAGGCCAGAGAGUCAGGUGGAUGAAGGCUGGCUGGAAGAUGAAAGGAAUGAAUUAUUAGAGGAGUUAAACUUGGCAAUGUUGGAAGAACAGCAUAAUGAUGCAAUGCAGCGCACUGCCGAUGAGGUGGAGCAGCCAAAAAAGCAAGAAGAAGAAGAGGGCACAACAGACACGGCAACAUCCUCAUCCAACAACCAUGAGAAGGACAGCGGAGUGGGGCGCACAGACGAAAGCCUGAGGAAUGACGAGAGCUCAGAGCAGGAGAAUGCAACCGAGGAUCCCCACGGCACCUCUCUGAAAAGCAAAAGAGAGCUGGGCCAGAGCCAAGACACUCUGGGAAGCGUUGAACUUCAGUGCAAUGAGAGUUUUGUGUCUGGUGAAUACAUUGACUCAGACUGUAUUGGCAACCAAGAUGAGGAGUGUGAAAGAUUUCGGCAGCUCCUGGAGCUCAAAUGCAAGAUAAGGAAGCACGGGGAGUAUGACCUGUAUUACUCAAGCAGCACAAUAGAAUGCAAUCAGGGAGGACGAGAGGGAGUGGAGCAUGAACUGCAGUUGCUUAAUGAAGAACUGAGAAACAUUGAACUUGAGUGCCAAACUAUCAUGCAGGCUCACAGGCUCCAGAAAGUGACAGACCAGUAUGGAGAUAUCUGGGCAUUGCAUGAUGGAGGAUUCCGAAGUUAUAGCACCAGCAUAGACACCCAUAGGGGAAAACUAGAUGACAUCCUUGAACACCCAGAAAAGUCAGACAAAGACAGCUCCAGUGCUUACAACACAGCUGAAAGUUGCAGAAGCACUCCACUCACUGUGGACCGUUCCCCUGACAGUUCCCUUCCAAGAGUGAUCAGCCUCACCAAUAAGAAAAACCUGAGAAGCACGAUGGCAGCCAGCCAGUCCUCUUCUGGCCAGAGCACUAAAGAGUCGACCUGCACCAAAGCCAAAACCUCUGAACAAGGCUGUGUCAUUGAAGGCAAAGAGAAGACUUCAGAAAGCAGCAAGCUUUCUGAUCCAGAGAAGACCAGCAGUGAACACAUCCCUUAUCUCUCUCCUUACCACAGCUCCUCCUAUAGAUAUGCAAACAUCCCAGCACAUGCCAGGCAUUAUCAAAGCUACAUGCAGUUAAUUCAACAGAAGUCCGCAGUCGAGUACGCUCAGAGUCAGCUCAGCUUGGUGAGCGUGUGCAAGGAGUCUCAGAAGUGCUCAGAACCCAAGAUGGAAUGGAAGGUGAAAAUCAGGAGCGACGGGACGCGGUACAUCACCAAGAGACCCGUGCGGGACCGCAUUCUAAAGGAGCGUGCCUUAAAGAUCAAGGAGGAGCGGAGUGGCAUGACCACGGACGAUGACACCAUGAGCGAGAUGAAGAUGGGGCGGUACUGGAGCAAAGAGGAGAGGAAACAACACUUGGUGCGGGCCAAGGAGCAGCGGCGCCGCCGAGAGUUCAUGAUGCGGAGCCGGCUGGAGUGUCUCAAGGAGAGUCCCCAGAGCGGCAGUGAGGGCAAGAAGGAGGUCAACAUCAUUGAACUGAGUCACAAAAAGAUGAUGAAGAAAAGAAACAAGAAAAUUUUGGACAACUGGAUGACAAUCCAAGAACUGAUGACCCAUGGGGCCAAGUCCCCUGAUGGUACACAAGUUCCUAAUGCCUUUUUGUCUGUCACCACAGUAUGACCCAAUGGAUGGAAUGCAGCUGGUUUUCAGAGGGUACUACCAGUUUGGGUAGAGGAUGCUUGCCUCGUUCAAUGUGGCAUUUUUAUAUAUAUUUUGUGACUCUUUACAGUUUAAAUUUUUUGUAAGCAAAAAUACCUGCUAAUUUUUCAUUUGUUUUUCAUAUAUCGGUACUUCUUUUUGGCUGAGAUUUUUUUCUUUGACUUGUGAUAUAUUCAUAUUACUCAUUUAUAUAUAAAAACAAGCAAAAGGAAAGAAAAAAAACUUGCACAAAAAUACUGAGGAGCCAAUUAAUUUCCUAUUUUAAUGUACCUAUUACAGAUCUGGAUUUAUUUCUCUAGUUUACUUAUUUUCAACUUUAAUAACACUCAAUGCCAAAAUAUUUCUAUGCUUGCUUCUUGACCUAAUACAUAUGAAAUCAAACCUGAUGAUAAAUCAUGUGCCACAUCUUGUUUUAUACAUAAAAAUCACCUCUUUUUAACAUCCUGUUGUACAUUGAACACAUAAAUGGCCAUCAUCUUUGUCUCAGUAAAGUGUAGGUGGACAAUCUUCCUGUGGUAUGUAGUGACACUGUUUAUGUAGUUAGAUAGUUGUGGUAAUUGUGACAAUAAAAGAGAAAUAUAUUAUUGAUUAUCCCUGAGAAAAGCUAUCAAGGAGUGUUCUAUUUCCAUUGUUCCCUGUGGUUACCAGAUAUAAAUUAGUUAUAUAUGUAUACUCUUUAGAAGACUCCUAAUUGUGAAUUAUAAAAUGUGUACAUUUUCUAUCCCAUUUUUCAAUAAAUUGUCCUGAAAUGUUUCCCAUAGAUCAUUGUGUCACAUAUUUUUACCAAGAUUAAGUUAUGUAGAGCAUCUAAGAGUUGCUGUCUAAGCAUUCAAUAAUCAUGAGUUCAUGCUCUCCUUGACUGCUACCCACGUAAAGAAAAUCCAAGAACAAUUUAAGAGGAGACAGAGGAUCAGUAAGUAGCUGAGACUGUUUAUAAGGACAGCUCAAACUGCCAUAACAACAUAUUAUAGUCUGUGUGGCUUAAAUAACAGGAAUUUCUCAUAGUUCUUGAGGCCGGAAACCCAACAUCAAGGCACCAACCAAUUCAGCUCCUGAUGAGGGCUCUCUUCCUGUUUUGUAAAUGGCCUCCUUGCUUUGUCCUCACAAGGUAGAGAAAGAGAGGAAGCUGUUUGAUGUAACUUCUUUUAAGGACACUAAUCCUGUCAUGAGGGUCUCAACUUCAUGACCUCAUUUAAACCUAAUUACCACCCAAAGGCACCAUUUUCAGCUACCAUCACAUUAGGUCUUAGAGCUUCAACAUAUGGAUUUGUCAGGGAAGAGGCAGUUCAGACCACAGCACCAUGAGCAUUUGUUUAGUUCAUCCUUUGGAAAGAAAUUCUUGGAAACUAUCUUUUCAAUAAUUUUCAGCCUACUCAAUUACAGACGCCUUAUUAAAAAGUGAGAUUGUUAGAUUUUCAGAUAGGAUAUUUGAGUCUAGCUUUUCAUCAUAUACACAUCAACUAUAUCAUAUAUCAAUCAUGAUGCCUUCAAAGUGAAAGACCAGAUCAAUGUGUGUGUGAAUUUGAUCAAAUUUUCAUUCAACCCAAAAGAUUGUUGUAACAUAACAGAGACACAACAUCUAAACAUCUUUGAAGCUGCUUUCCUGUUUAAAAACUUAUAAUGGCUCCUUACUAGCUCAUAAAUCAACUCUGAUGCCUCAGCCUUAUUUUCAAGGUUCUCCACUAACUUGCCCACCUUGCCUCCUGUGCCUCCUCUUUAGGUUUCCUCUGACUUGUUCUGGCUUCCGAGCAACCUGCCCAUUUUCACUGAAGUUAUCUAAUGUUAUUUACCCAUCUGGAGUUUCUGUGCCAACCCCUACAACUCUCUUAGAGAGUAAUCACAUGUACAUCUUCUCUUUGGAGCCUGUUUUGAUGACACUGGAUUUUCUUUGCAUUUUGACAUACACUAUGAUGCACCUGCAGUUUAUUUUACCUUGAAGAUUUUAUCCUUCCAUUAUUUGGAUCACAUACACAGAACUUAUUGUCUCCCUCCACAGAUCUAAAGUUCAUGGAGUCUGGCCCUUGAGUCACCUUCUUUGGAAAUCUCUCAUAGGAUGUCAUUUAAACAAUAACAAAUGCUAGUUGAGUUAAAUUAUUUUAUUCACUUAUCUCACGUAUUGGUCCUUUUGUUACUAUUUUCCUUACUCGUCUACCUGUCUAAGUUCUUACCUUUUAAAGGGCUAUUACACAGAUGGAAAGAAAUAAAUCUUAUUUACAUAUAAUAAAAAGCUGGUCUCAAAAAUUUUAAGAUAGUCAUAGUAAUAGCAACUUAACUGAGAAUUUCAUCACUGCUAACUUUAAUCUAAUCAAUAAAGCUACUCAGUGCACCUAGAGCUAAAUUUUGAUCAGAUGAUUUUAAAUAAGAAUGCCUCUCUAUCUUAAAAACUCAGUUUCUUCCUUAUCUAAUGCCUAUGGUUAUUGUUUAUCCUCUUGAUACAACUGGGUUUAAAUAUUCAUUGAAUUCAAAUUACUCCUAUAGAUAAAUGAGUUUGGAACCAACAUGUAGAUAUUUUCCAGAAGAAAUAUGUACACAUCUUACAGAAUGCAGUGUUUCCAAAGUUACCAGCUUAAUUUUAUUUUUAUUAAUGUGCUUGCCAAUUUUUAAAAACUGUGAUGUUAGUGUUUUUCAUGUCUGUGUUUAUACAGUUCUACAAAUUGAGAAGUGUCUUUUUCAAAAAUCAGUGAAAAUCUGAGAAGUGUUAUGUUUUAUCUUUCUACAUAACAUAUCUUUGUGCUAAGCAUGUUUUUUUUUCUAGUAAAUGAAUAAUAAACCUGCUGCUCA